AUGACAAAUAUGAUGCUCAGAUUUCUCAUAGAGCGCCUUCGAAAGCAAAAUCAGACGGUAAUCAACCUCUUCUCUUCUUCUCCUUCAAUCUCAUCUCUUCCUCUCAAAAUCCUUACAAUCUAUCGAAAUACAGAUGCAAUAUCUCCACUAUUCCCCUCCAUUCUGCUCCAGUUCCAUCUCCGUUCCGCCGUGCUGUUCUUCCAGAGGCUCCUCAACGGUGGCUCUCGUCGCCGAUCGAUCAUAGGACGGCGUGAACAGAGAGGCGUCGGAGGAGGCAUUGGAAAAGACUCCUUCAUUUGGCAGAUCGUCUCUAAACAUAAAUUCUCAGAGUUACGUAACAUGGAUGGCAUGGGCAGCAUUGGAACAGGAUCAAGGGAAUGCAAUCCGAGUCGAGGAAAUUUGAAAUCUCUAUUUCCAGCAGUGAACUGAAGUUGUGGAUGAUGCUUCGUGGAUUAUGGGAUUGUUAGAGGUUAUUGAUCCAGCACUAG